AUGUCACAGACAGAGGCUUUGAGCCAUGCAUGCGUGCAGCUGACCUUGGUGGAUCUUGUGCCAUGCCGGUGGGACGCUGGAAAGCUUUUCUUUUUCGUGAUACAGGCUGGGCUUCAGAAGUUCCAGUGGUGCAAAAUAUUCCAAUUUUUAAGCACUGGCCCUGCUGUGCUUUUCAUGUUCGAGAUAAUGCGUGACAAUCGAUUGAUAUCAAGAGUCCGCUGCGGAUCUCGCUCUGAAUACGUGAAUCGACCGUUCUGUUUGUCAUAUUGUCAACCGAGGGAAGGCGCUGUGUGGAUUUUGGUGCGUUUAGGUCGAAACCAGGAUGACUCAGCAACAUUACAUAACGGUGUAGUCUAG